AUGGCAGCCGCCGCUGUUCUCAGAUCUUUCCGUCACCGUGAAAUUUCUUCCGCCCCUAUUUCGGCUUACCGAAUUUUAACUGGAAACACCAAGCAGUCAUGGGCUUCGAGCAACAAGUUUGCAGGUCUUUUAAGGCCAUUCAGCACAAAACCUAAACCUGUUAAAGAUGAUGUAAUUGGAAUUGAUUUGGGGACGACUAACUCUUGUGUUUCUGUCAUGGAGGGAAAGAACCCGAAAGUUAUUGAGAACUCUGAAGGUGCUCGAACUACUCCAUCAGUAGUUGCUUUUAGCCAAAAAGGCGAGCUUUUGGUGGGAACGCCUGCAAAACGACAAGCUGUCACCAACCCAACCAACACAGUCUUUGGAACUAAACGUUUAAUCGGUAGGCGAUUUGAUGACCCUCAGACCCAGAAAGAAAUGAAGAUGGUACCCUACAAGAUUGUUCGUGCCACUAAUGGCGAUGCGUGGGUUGAAGCUAAUGGCCAACAGUACUCACCGAGCCAGAUUGGUGCAUUUGUUCUGACCAAGAUGAAGGAAACAGCUGAGGCUUACCUCGGCAAGAGCGUAAAUAAGGCCGUGAUUACUGUUCCUGCUUAUUUUAAUGAUGCCCAAAGGCAAGCUACUAAAGAUGCCGGCAGAAUUGCGGGUCUCGACGUGCAAAGAAUUAUUAAUGAACCUACGGCAGCUGCACUUUCUUAUGGAUUAAAUAAAAAAGAAGGCCUUGUCGCUGUUUUUGAUCUUGGAGGUGGGACUUUUGAUGUUUCAAUCCUGGAGAUAUCCGGUGGCGUUUUUGAGGUGAAAGCCACGAACGGCGACACGUUCUUGGGAGGCGAAGAUUUUGAUAAUGCUCUUUUGGAUUUUCUGGUGAGUGAAUUCAAGAGGACUGAAGGAAUUGACUUGUCAAAAGACAAACUUGCCCUCCAGAGACUCCGUGAGGCAGCUGAGAAAUCGAAGAUCGAGCUCUCAUCCACAUCACAGACUGAGAUCAACCUGCCCUUCAUCACAGCAGAUGCCUUAGGUGCAAAGCAUCUCAACAUAACCUUGACCAGGUCAAAGUUUGAGACCCUUGUGGGCCACCUGAUCGAGAGGACGAGGGCCCCUUGCCUGAGCUGCUUGAAGGAUGCUUCCACAAAAACAACUGAUAUUGAUGAGGUUCUGCUCGUUGGGGGCAUGACACGUGUCCCUAAGGUUCAGGAAGUGGUUAACCAAAUAUUUGGCAAGUCUCCCAGCAAAGGCGUGAACCCUGACGAGGCCGUGGCCAUGGGUGCUGCAAUCCAGGGUGGCAUUCUUCGAGGGGAUGUGAAAGAGUUGCUUCUUCUUGACGUGACCCCACUUUCCCUUGGUAUUGAGACGCUUGGCGGCAUUUUUACGAGGUUGAUCAACAGGAAUACAACUAUCCCCACAAAGAGAAGUCAGACAUUCUCCACGGCAGCCGACAACCAGACCCAGGUAGGCAUCAAGGUCCUCCAAGGCGAACGCGAAAUGGCCUCGGACAACAAGCUCCUCGGCGAAUUCGAACUCCAUGGCAUCCCCCCGUCCCCACGUGGCUUCCCACAAAUCGAGGUCACAUUCGACAUCGAUGCCAACGGCAUCGUGACCGUGUCGGCUAAAGACAAAAGCACCGGCAAGGAGCAACAAAUCACCAUCCGCUCGUCCGGCGGCCUCUCGGAGGAAGACAUUCAGCAAAUGGUGAGAGAGGCUGAGCUGCACGCGCAAAAGGACCAGGAAAGGAAGGCCCUCAUUGAUCUCAGAAAUAGGGCAGAUACUCGUGUGUACGAGGUUGAAAAGAGCUUGAACGAGUACAGGGAUAAGAUACCGGCCGAGAAAAGCUUUUUGGCUCUGUCUAGUCUUGUAGGAUCCUCUGAAGAAGAUGAGGAUGUUUUGAACUGA